CCUCUUUUCCCUUCCCGGAUCCCGUUCCGUAUCAUUCGAUCUUGGUCGAUAGGCAAACAAGUCAACAUGGCCGCCAAGCUCUCUCUCAAGCUCUCCAACAAGUCGCCCAGGCAGCCCAUCCAGAAGCUGCCGGCUUCCCUUGAGCUCCCCGCCGAUGCCACCGUCGAGGACGCGAAGCAGGCUGUUGCCCGCCAGUCCGGUAUCAACGACUUCAACCGCAUCGGCCUCUUCGACCCCGAGACCAAGAAGAUCCUCAAGAACCGCAAGGCUCUUGUCCGUGAUGAGGCCGGUGUUGUCAAGGCCGGCGAGCUCGUCGUCAAGGACCUUGGCCCCCAGAUCGCCUGGCGCACCGUCUUUGUGAUCGAAUACUUCGGCCCCAUUCUCUUCCACGUCCUCGUCCCCCUGCUCCGCCCAUACAUCUACAGCUUCGGCCCGUGGGCCUACAAGAACGAGGCCGAGACGCCCAUGUCCAAGGUCCAAUGGCUCCUCUUUGCCCUCUUCAACCUCCACUUCCUCAAGCGCGAGUACGAGACCCUCUUUGUCCACAAGUUCUCGGCCAACACCAUGCCCGCCUUCAACAUCUUCCGCAACUCUGCCUUUUACUGGCUCCUCGCCGGCCUCAUGUGCUCUCUCGACAUCUACCGUCCCGGUUCUUCGGCUGACCGCAACGAUCUUGGUCUUCUUGACUACUUCGGCAUCGCCCUCUUCGCCGUCUGCGAGGUCUGCAACUGGAUUGUCCACCAGCACUUGGCCAGCCUCCGCAAGCCCGGCGGCACUGAGCGUGGUAUCCCCAACUGCAUUGGUAGCAACCUGGUUACCAGCCCCAACUACAUGUUUGAGGUUCUCGCUUGGGUUGGUGUCAUCUUGAUCAGCCGCAGCCCUGCUGUUGUUAUCUUCAUUGCUACCGGUACUAUCUACAUGCGCAGCUGGUCCCGCGGAAAGGAGAGGGCUCUUCGCAAUGAGUUCGGUGACCGCUACAAGGCCAAGCGCUACACCAUGCUUCCCGGUCUUAUCUAAGCUAGCCUUGUAAGGAGGGUUUGGUUUGGGUGUAGGCGUGGGGUAUGUCGCGCAUAGUUUUUCCAGCUUAGAGCGGGUGGUUUGAUGUGAACAUUCUUGUACACUCGGUGUACGACAAUCGAGAACGGUGACAGUGAUCAUUCUAUGAGGUGUCACUGCUAUCCAAACUCGUGUGCUAUAGGGUGUUAGAUUUAAAACUGGUGAUGGAAAUGUGUAACAAGAUGAACAAGUCCCUAUACUUAAAUAUUAUCAUCAUUCAGGUUUUUUUGGG